CGCUACAAUCCUCCUCUUCUCUCUCUAUAUCUCCUCUACUUUGUCUCUCUGAAACUUUGGAGCUGGAGACCUUCCUCUCUCUCUCUCUCUCUCUCUCUCUCUCUCUAUAUAUAUAUAUAUAUAUAUAUAUAUCUCCUUUACUUUCUCUGUCUCUGAAACUUUGGAGCUGUAGUAGUAAUUAACAAUUAACCAAAGGUGUAGAUAGAUUCUCUCUCUCUUCAAAAACUUAAGAGCGCUAGGCAACUUCCAAUCAAAGCCAACCUAUUGAAUAAGGAGCAGGUGAAAGGGAAAAGGGGGGCGUGAGUGCAGUUUUGAGUACUUAAUGGGUUCUUGUAUGAGUUCUAAAAGCAAAGCCGAGACUCCUCGUCACCCAGGGGUGAAUUCAAUCUACGCACAAUUGACUCCUCCGAUGGAGGGUGAGAUUGUAGAAUCCCCUAAUUUGAAGAGCUUUGCCAUUAGCGAACUCAAAAGAGCCACCAAGAACUUCCGAUCAGAAGGUAGUUCUGGUCUUGUCUUUAAAGGCUGGAUUGAUAAGAAUACAUUUAGAGCUACCAAACCAGGGACCGGCAUGGUUGUAGCUGUGGAGAGACUAAACCCGCCACAUAGUUUUCACAGUAGUCACCAGGAAUGGUUGGCAGAAAUUAAUUAUUUAGGGCAGCUGUCUCAUCCCAAUCUUGUGAAACUGGUAGGGUACUGUUUAGAGGACGAACAUCGGCUUCUGGUAUAUGAUGACUUCAUGAUUCGGGGUAGCCUGAAAAAUCAUCUAUUUUCGAGGGCUUCUUAUGUUGAACCACUUUCUUGGAACCUCCGUAUGAAGGUUGCUCUUGGCGCUGCAAAGGGACUUGCAUAUCUUCACAGCCCAGAAGCAAAAGUCAUUUAUCGCGUUUUCGAAUCCUCUAAUAUCCUGCUUGAUUCUGACUUCAAUGUAAAGCUUUCUAUUUCUGAGUCGACCAAGGUUGGGCCACUAGAUAAUGAAAUCCAUGUCAUUGGUUAUAAACCUCCUGAAGCGGCCAUAUGUACGGAUGAUGAACUGGCUUAUGUAUCGCCCGAGUAUGUAGACACAGGCCGUGCAACUGCCAAAAGUGAUGUAUAUAGUUUUGGGGUUGCUCUCCUCGAGAUUUUGACCGGUGGACAAGCAUUUGACAAGAACCGUCCACCGGGGGAAUGCAGGCUUGUCGAAUGGAUUAAGCCUUACCUAGCCGGCAAAGGCAAAACAGUAGUCCGUGUGAUGGAUGCUCGCAUCGAAGGCCAGUACUCAGUAGAUGCAGCACUAAGAGCAGCUACAAUUGUUAGAGAAUGCCUAGAAACAAAACCGAUGUUGAGGCCAAACAUGGAUGAGGUGGUCAAAGCAUUGGAGCAGCUUCAGGAGCCUCACACAACGUGAUCAUUCCACACAGGAUAUGCAAUUGUUUGGUGCGAUCUAAUGAUUGUUGCCAUUUUUGUAAAGUACACAAAGAAUUACUUUUAUAUUUAAACACGAUUUCUUCCAAA